AUGUCGUCCACCCAAAGCGUCCAGUGCUUCGGCAAGAAGAAGACGGCCACCGCCGUUGCCCACUGCAAGGCCGGCAAGGGUCUCAUCAAGGUCAACGGCAGGCCUCUGUCGCUUGUCCAGCCUGAGAUUCUCCGCUUCAAGGUCUACGAGCCUCUUCUGAUCCUCGGCCUCGACAAGUUCUCCAACGUCGACAUCCGCGUCCGCGUGUCCGGUGGCGGUCACACCUCCCAGAUCUACGCCAUCCGUCAGGCCAUCUCCAAGGCCCUGAUCGCCUACUACCAGAAGUUCGUCGAUGAGCACUCCAAGAACAUGCUCAAGCAGGCCCUCGUAGCCUACGACCGCACCCUCCUCGUCGCCGACAACCGCCGGUGCGAGCCCAAGAAGUUCGGCGGUAAAGGUGCCCGCUCCCGCUUCCAGAAGUCCUACCGUUAA